GCCACGGGCUCCGCAGCCCUGACGUCACCACCGCCCACACCCCCGAGGUAUUUACCUUCGAAAAGUGGCGGCGGCUGCAGUGUGAGCCCAGGCCCUGUGCCCCUGAAGACAUGGAGUUUGUGUCUGGAUACCGAGAUGAGUUCCUUGAUUUCACUGCCCUCCUCUUCGGCUGGUUCCGAAAGUUCGUGGCAGAACGUGGGGCUGUGGAGACCAGCCUUGAGGGCCGCUGGCGACAGUUGGAGGCUCAGAUCAGAAGGCUACCCCAGGACCCUGCCCUUUGGGUGCUCCAUGUCUUGCCCAACCGUAGUGUGGGCAUCAGCUUGGGGCAAGGGGCAGAGCCAGGCCCUGGACCAGGCCUGGGAGCUGGCUGGCUGCUGGGAGAUGAGCCCCCACUCCACCUUCGAGACCUAAGCCCCUAUGUCAGCUUGGUCAGUUUGGAGGAAGGGGGGGAAGGGGAGGAGGAGGAAGAAGAAGAGGAAGAAAAUGGAGAGGAGGAAGGUGCAGGCACACAAAAGGUAGAACCAGAGGAGGAUGUGGAGCCAGCCCAUACCAGCAGGGAGUCCCCCCAGGAAGCAAAUCCUCCAGGGGAGCCAGAGGAUGCUGAGCAGGAGGAAGGAGGUGGUGAGAAUGGCUGCCGAGAGGACAGGGCAGAAGACGAAUCUGGGCCUAAGAGGAGGAAGGGACGGAGAAGUGAGGCUGCCCCCCUGCACCUUUCCUGCCUCUUACUGGUGACGGAUGAACAUGGCACCAUCUUGGGCAUUGACCUCCUAAUGGAUGGAGCACAGAGGAGUGCAGGCAAGGGCUCAGGGACAGAGAACCUUGCUCCUCGGGCCUAUGCUCUCCUCUGCCACAGCAUGGCCUGCCCCAUGGGCUCCGGAGACCCUCGAAAGCCCCGGCAGCUUACCGUGGGAGAUGCCCGGCUGCACCGAGAGCUGGAGAGUCUGGUCCCAAGGCUGGGAGUGAAGUUAGCCAAGACCCCAAUGCGGACAUGGGGUCCCCAGCCAGGCUUCACCUUUGCCUCGCUUCGGGCUCGAACCUGCCAUGUUUGUCACAAGCACAGCUUUGAAGUGAAGCUGACACCCUGCCCCCAGUGUAGUGCUGUCUUGUACUGUGGAGAGGCCUGUCUCCGGGCUGACUGGCGGCGAUGCCCAGAUGAUGUGAGCCACAGAUUUUGGUGCCCAAGGCUUGCAGCCUUCAUGGAGCGGACAGGGGAACUAGCAACUCUGCCUUUUACCUACACUGCAGAGGUGACCAGUGAAACCUUCAACAAGGAGGCCUUCCUGGCCUCACGAGGCCUCACUCGUGGCUACUGGACCCAGAUCAGCAUGCUGAUUCCAGGCCCUGGCACCCCCAGGCACCGCCAGGGCAGCACACCAUCCCUCAGCCUUCUUCUCAAUGGAGAUCCCUACCAACUUCUCCAGGGGGACGGGCCUGCCCUGAUGCCUCCUGUGCCCCCAGAUUCACCCAGGGGCCUCUUUGGCUCAUGGCAAGAUUACUACACAUGGCGGGGCCUCAGCUUGGACUCCCCCAUGGCUGUGCUUCUCACCUACCCGCUGACUGUGUACUACGUCAUCACCCACCUGGUACCCCAGUCCUUCCCUGAGCUCAACAUCCAGAAUAAACAGUCACUGAAAAUCCAUGUGGUGGAGGCCGGGAAAGAGUUUGACCUUGUCAUGGUGUUUUGGGAGCUCUUGGUCUUGCUCCCACACGUGGCCCUGGAACUGCAGUUUGUGGGUGACCGUCUGCCCCCUGAGAGUGACCAGCAGCAUUUUACCCUGCAGAGGGAUGGCCCCGAAGUAUCUGUCCGUCCUGGUUCGGGGGUAUCAGCACGGCUCAACUCUGGAACUAAGGAGAAGGGGAGCCGAAGGGACCUGCAGAUCAAAGUGUCUGCACGGCCCUACCACCUGCUGCAGGGGCCCAAGCCUGACUUGGUUAUUGGAUUUAACUCUGGCUUUGGUCUCAAGGACACUUGGCUGAGCUCCCUGCCUCGGUUACAGUCCCUCCGAGUGCCGGCUUUCUUCACCGAGAGCAGCGAGUACGGCUGUGUGAUGGACGAACAGACCAUGGCAGUGGCCACGGGAGGGGGCACCAGCCCCCCACAGCCCAACCCCUUCCGCUCCCCCUUUCGUCUCCGAGCGGCCGACAACUGUAUGCCCUGGUACUGCAACGCCUUCAUCUUCCAUCUGAUCUACAAGCCUUCGCAAGGGAGCGGGGCCCGCCCGGGGCCCGGGCCCGGGCCUCCAGCCCCAACUCCAGCCGCGCCUCCCGUCUCCGCCCGACGGCGCCGAGGAGAAAAGAAACCUGGGCGGGGGGCUCGCCGGCGGAGGUGAGGGCCCAGAGGUAGCGUCCACCCCCUCCCCCAACAGGCCUCGGAAAGGACCCAAAACACACAAGGUCGAGAGCGAGGGAGGCUGGUUGGUGGAACGUGGAAAAGGUAAAUAAAAUUGCUUGUUUGAAACC